GUUACUAUCAUAAUAGUACGAAAGUGGCUGUGAAGACUCUGAAGCCUGGAACGAUGUCUGUUCAAGCCUUCCUGGAGGAAGCCAACCUCAUGAAAACACUUCAGCAUGAUAAGCUUGUUAGGCUUUAUGCUGUGGUGACCAAAGAAGAACCUAUUUAUAUUAUAACAGAAUUCAUGGCUAAAGGAAGUUUGCUGGAUUUUCUGAAGAGUGAUGAAGGAAGUAAAUUGUUGCUUCCAAAGCUAAUUGAUUUCUCUGCUCAGAUUGCAGAAGGGAUGGCAUACAUAGAAAGAAAAAAUUAUAUCCAUCGAGAUUUGAGAGCAGCAAAUGUUCUGGUUUCGGACUUACUCAUGUGCAAAAUUGCUGAUUUUGGACUAGCAAGAGUCAUUGAAGACAAUGAAUAUACAGCAAGGGAAGGUGCAAAAUUCCCCAUUAAAUGGACAGCACCAGAGGCAAUUAACUAUGGAUCUUUCACUAUUAAGUCUGAUGUGUGGUCAUUUGGGAUUCUCCUGUAUGAAAUCGUUACAUAUGGAAAGAUUCCUUAUCCAGGUAUGAGCAAUUCAGAUGUGAUGGUUGCUCUGCAGCGUGGGUACCGAAUGCCACGCAUGGAAACCUGUCCAGCUGAGCUUUACGAUAUCAUGAAAACAUGCUGGAAAGACAAAGCAGAAGAGAGGCCAACGUUUGAUUAUCUACAGAGUGUGCUUGAUGACUUCUACACAGCAACAGAAGGGCAGUAUCAACAACAGCCAUAGAACAAAGAACACUUUUUCUAUUGCCAUGGAUCAUUGGCACAGACUAUUACUUGGACAGACUGCUCAAACCAAUUACUUCACGAGUUUGGAUGUCUUAACCGAGUGUGGAAGAUGAAAUGCUGAAGGAAAGAGUAAUCCUGCAGAGAAAUAAUGUUUUUAUUUGGUUAAAACAGUUCCUCUAAAGACUGAAGUUCUCUUUAAAAAUGCUCUGUGUUUUGCAUCUGCAGAAACAUCCCAAACCAAGCAGGCUUUUUAGGGUGGGGAGGGAGAAGGAAGGAAAGUGAUCAUGCACCACUGCAGUUUGGCAAUGUCUUCUUAGGAUCUAAGUCAUAGAAUACAUUACAAGGAGACCUUUAUGAAAGAGGUGAGAAGAUGCAUGAACAGCUGUUUUUUUCAAAAGAAAAAGCUAUGAAGGAGAACUUACAGCUUUAAGACAUGGUGAUGUUCUUAAAUCAUCUUUUUUUGAAAUACAGCAUAUUGGGAAAAUUAUUUUUAUAUCCUUGCUAUUUCACAGUAGUAGUUGGAGAACUGUCACCUCUUGUAAGACUUUCUAGACAGUGUCAUGGUUUCCUUUAAGGAAGGGUUAUGUAUGUAAUUAUUUACACUGAAGAUGAUUCUGGUUUA